AUGAGAGAGUUUUUUGCAUAUCGUGUGCAAGACAGAAUUAAUCAGUUUUCAUUGAUUCUAAAUUCAAGGAGACUCUUUCAACAAUUCUUGGUUGAUGCGUAUACUAUGAUUGAGAGCGAAAGGCUUAACUACAUACGACUUCAACAAAAGAAUCUAAGGUCAGAUAGCUAUGAAAGUCUAUGUGAAUUAAGAAAUAAGGGCCAGCAAGACAUAUCUAAGGUUGGAAAACGAAUCUUUUUGCCCUCUUCGUUUACCGGUGGCGCUAGAUAUAUGAUGCAAAAUUAUUUAGAUGCCAUGGCUAUCUGUAAGUGGUUUGGUUAUCCGGAUUUUUUUAUAACCAUCACGUGCAAUCCAAAGUGGCCUGAGGUAAAAAGGUUUCUUAGAGACACAAAUCUUAAACCUGAAGAUAGGCCCGAUAUACUGACGAGAUUGUUUAAAAUAAAGUUGGAUUCAAUUUGCAAAGAUUUUAAAGAACGCCAUCUAUUUGGAAAAGUUGCAGCAGUUGUUUACACAAUCGAGUUUCAAAAGAGAGGAUUGCCUCAUGCCCACCUAUGCUUAUUCUUAGAAAAUGAAUCCAAACUUCCAACGGUAGACCAUGUUGAUCCAUUUAUAACUGCAGAAAUCCCUGAUGAAGAUGAAGAUGCAGAAUUAUAUGCGCUUGUGAAAGACUAUAUGAUUCAUGGCCCUGAUAGAGCAACCGUUGCUGUUGUCCAACAUGAUAAUAACAAUGAACAACUAGAACAAGACGAGGUCAAAGAAUAUUAUGAUUGUAGGUAUAUAUCGGCUUGUGAGGCAUCUUGGAGGAUCUUCACCUAUGAUGUGCAUUACAGGACUCCUUCUGUUAUGAGGCUGCCUUUCCAUCUGCCUGGAAAACAACCUGUUGUUUUUGGACCCGACGAGGAUAUUAAUCAAGUCCUUAACAAACCAUCUGUCAAAGCUUCAAUGUUUCUUUCCUGGAUGGAACGUAACAAAGACCCGAAUGACACAUUGGCCCGUACACUAACAUAUGUUCAGUUUCCAAGUUGGUAUGUAUGGAAGCUUGAUAAACGUUGUUGGGAACCUAGACAAAGACAUAAGUCAAUUGGGAGAAUUCACGCUGUAAGUCCGUCUCUUGGGGAAGCAUAUUAUUUAAGAAUUCUUCUUAACAAAGUGAAAGGACCAAAAUCUUUUGAUGAUAUUAAAACAGUUGAUGGUAAGGUAUAUGAUACAUUUAGAGAUGCAUGUUAUGCACUCGGUCUUUUGGACGAUGACGCAGAAUACAUUGAGGCAAUCAAAGAAGCAAAUGAAACAGGAUCCCCUUCGUAUCUUCGUAAUUUAUUUGCUACUUUGCUAUUAACAAAUACGUUGUCCAGACCUGAGGUUGUAUGGGAAAGCACAUGGAGAUACAUGACAGACGACUUUAUCUACAGACUUAGAAAAUAUCAUCGUCUUACAGAUUUAUCAAUUCCAGAUCACCAACUUAAAAACUAUGUUUUGAGUGAAGUUGAAAAAUUCUUAGCCAGAAACAACUCAUCACUCAGAAGAUUUGAGACAAUGCCGUACCCAGAUACUGCGUCUAUGUCUGAUUCAGACAAUCGUUUGAUUAACGAGGAGCGUAUUUACGACCAAACGAAUCUUCAAGUUGAAUUUAAUAAUCAACUUAAUUUGCUAACUGAGGAGCAACGGUCAGUUUUCCAACAAAUAAUCAACGCAGUUGAGAGUAACAAAGGUGGGGUUUUUUUUGUGUACGGCUAUGGUGGGACCGGCAAGACCUUCUUAUGGAAGACAUUAUCUGCGGCAAUCAGAUCAAAAGGUCAAAUUGUAUUAAACGUUGCUUCAAGUGGCAUCGCGUCGUUGUUAUUGUCUGGUGGCAGGACCGCGCAUUCCAGGUUUCGUAUUCCAUUGAAUCUUACUGAGGAUUCAGUUUGUCAUAUAAAACCGAAUGGAGAUGUUGCUAGACUACUACACGAAACAAACUUGAUUAUAUGGGAUGAAGCGCCUAUGGUCCAUAAGCAUGCAUUCGAUGCGUUGGAUAGAACAAUGAACGACAUUUUCAAUAUCGAAACUUCAAACAGAUCAAACAUCCGCUUUGGAGGGAAGGUUAUUGUUUUAGGAGGCGAUUUUAGACAGAUCCUUCCUGUUGUUCCAAAUGGUGGAAGACAAGAGAUUGUCAAUGCCUCAAUAAGUUCGUCUUAUCUGUGGAAUACAUGUAAGUUGCUGAGAUUAACAAAAAACAUGAGGUUAACAGUUGGAAGUUCAGCAUCCAACGCUGAAGAAAUAAAACAAUUUGCCAAAUGGCUUUUGGAUAUAGGUGAGGGAAAUGUUGGUGGUCCAAAUGAUGGAGAAGCGUCAAUUGAAAUACCAAGCGACCUUCUAAUCACUGAUACAUCGGAUCCCAUUUCCACUUUAAUUGAUUUUGUGUAUCCUUCAAUUCUCGAAAACUUCAACAAUCAGAAUUAUUUCAGUGAGAGGGCUAUACUUGCACCUAAGAACGAGGUUGUGCAUGAAAUUAAUGAUCGGUUGUUGUCACUAUUCCCAGGAGAAGAACGAGAGUAUCUUAGUUCAGAUAGUCUUUGUCAGUCUGAAGAUCCAAACGCUACACAACAAAAACUAUACUCUCCUGAUGUGCUUAACGGUCUUAAAGUAUCCGGCUUACCUAAUCAUAGGCUAGCACUAAAAGUAGGCGUGCCGGUGAUGCUAUUACGUAACAUUGACCAACAAAAUGGGCUUUGCAAUGGUACACGACUACAAGUCAAAAAAAUGUAUAACCGUGUAAUAGAAGCCGAGAUAAUAUCCGGAGGGAACAUAGGCACACGCACUUAUAUACCAAGGAUUAGUUUGAUACCUUCUGAUAAAAAAAUUCCUUUUGAGUUUCAAAGGAGACAAUUUCCGUUGGCUGUUUGUUUCGCAAUGACUAUUAACAAGAGUCAGGGACAAUCACUGUCUAGAGUUGGUCUGUAUCUGAAGCAACCAGUUUUCACCCAUGGUCAGCUGUAUGUUGCUUUAUCAAGAGUUAAAACCAGACAAGGAGUUAAACUUCUGAUUUUGGACAAUGACGGCAAACCUACUAAUAAAACGACAAAUGUAGUUUACAAAGAAGUAUUUCGUGACUUGUGA